AUGGCCCAGGACCGAGCGGUGUUCGUCCUUCGCCAUCAGGUCUCGGCAAUCACACUUCUCUCAGGUGUCCACUCUCGCGCUAUCAAUUACACGAAUCAACCAGGCUGCACCACUCUGCUUCUGACGUGGGUGCUCUCGCUCCCCUGUCGGGGCUCACUCCAGCACUGCCCCAUCUCACUGAGCUCACGGACCCAAUGGACAGUUACCGAGAAGGAAGUCCAGCAGUGGUACAAAGGCUUCAUCAAGGACUGCCCCAGUGGGCAGCUGGAUGCCGCCGGCUUCCAGAAGAUCUACAAGCAGUUCUUCCCCUUCGGAGACCCCACCAAGUUCGCCACAUUUGUCUUCAACGUCUUUGAUGAAAACAAGUCAACAGGGGCCUUCAAGCUCUACGACCUGGAUAACGAUGGCUACAUCACUCGGAACGAGAUGCUGGACAUUGUGGACGCUAUCUACCAGAUGGUGGGGAACACAGUGGAGCUCCCGGAAGAGGAGAACACCCCGGAGAAGAGGGUGGACCGGAUCUUUGCCAUGAUGGACAAGAAUGCCGACGGGAAGCUGACCCUGCAGGAGUUCCAGGAAGGGUCCAAGGCAGACCCCUCCAUCGUGCAGGCGCUGUCUCUCUACGACGGGCUGGUAUAGUCCGCGGCCCAGGCUGGGAUGUCUGGGAACCACUCGUCUCCUCUUGCGCCACGAGGCCACCUCAGCCCCACCCUCGCCCUCCUGUGUGCACCCGCCUCCCUCCGCAGGACUUCCCUGGGCCUGGAGACUCCCGCCCUCUUCCCCGCUGCCCAGCACUCACCCACCGCCUGAAGCCGCCGGCCCAACUUGCCAACAGCCUCUGCUUGUCCGGGGUCAACUUACCGAGUGAAUCAGCUCUCUGCCCAGCCAAGGACUCGCCGCCCCCACGCGGCCUCUGGGCUCCUCUUGCUCUCUUGCUCGUGUGCUUUUGUUCUUGUUUCUAAUUGUUCUUACUUCCGACCGACGUUUAACAAGAAAAACAAAGCAACUACCUUCUGUCCUAGAAGAUACGGACUGACAGACAGCAAGAAAGGUUUGGGGACCUCAGAGAACUCUCGCCUGGGCCUCUGGGAAGUCCCGGCCUCUGCCUUGGGGGAGGGGGAGGCCUGGGAGCCCCGGGGGAAGCGCCUGAUUCGUGUCACGUGUCAUCUCAUCCUUCAGCAGCAGGACUACCUGCGUGGGUCACAGGAUUCAUUACUAGGAGUAUAUAUUUUUUGUGAUAACAGUAUUGCGCUUUUUGUGGUAAAAGUGAGUGUUUUUUUUAUA